UAGAGGGUAAUAUAUUUUCAAACUUUGGUUUAUGGUUUGCAUUUUCUAUUGCAUUCCUUAAUGUUUAAUUUUGUUUAGGAUUUUAGGGCUUUGAUUUUCUGGGUUUACACAUAUGGCUCCUCCUCCCUCUCUGUGCAGCCAUUAGAUACAUCCAACGGCUGCCUAAUACUAAAAGGAAGAUUAUUGUCCACAAAAAGGAAGACCGCGGAGGAAUGGAGAAGUGUGUUUCAAAACAUCACAUGGCGGCUGAUUGAUGAAGAUCGUGUUUCUGCAGUUUUAGCUCUAAGCUACAAUGAUUUGUCUUUCUAUUUAAAGUCUUGUUUUCUCCAUUUGGGUCUUUUUCCUGAGGAUUCCUCUAUAUCGAAAACAAAGAUGAUACACUUGUGGGUUGUAGAAAGAUUCUUACCACAACAAGGGGAAGAAACCGCAGAAGGUGUUGCUGAAAAUUGUUUAAAUGAGUUGAUUAAUAGGUGCAUGGUUCAAGUGGGAACACUAACCUCACUUGGAAGGGUAAAAACCAUUCGCAUGCAUGAUCUUCUCAGAGACUUGUCUAUCUCCAAGGGGAAAGAGGAAAGUUUUCUUGAAAUUAAUAGCGGGCAAGAAAUUGAAUCGCCAACGUCACAACAUACCAAAUGUCGAAGGCUUGCAAUCCAUGGUGAACAUGAUAAUCCGUAUGUUUUUCUAAAUCCGUAUGCCCCCUACUUACGCUCCCUUCAAUUUUUCAACAUAGGGUAUUCAAAAUUUGGAUUUAUUUUCAAAGAUUUCAAGUUGCUCAUGGUCCUAGAUGGUGUUCCCAUGCCAUCUCAGGCACUAAGUGCUGUAGGAAACCUAAUUCAACUGAGGUAUCUAGGAGUAUUAAUAAGAACAAAGAAGUUCAAAAAAGUCACUCUUCCUGAAUCAAUUGGAAAACUGAAGAAUCUACACACACUUAAAGUCGAUUAUCAUGUUUCGUUUAGUGUACGUUUCGUAUGUUGGUGUUGUAUCCCCGAUGUUAUUUGGAAGUUGAAGAAUUUGAGACAUUUGUUACUCGUCCAUGGAGCCGGCGUAAUGAAUUUUAGAUUGAAUAAUACCUUAAACAAUUUAAGGACCCUAACAAAUGUAGGGGCUGGAAGAUGGAUAGAAGAUGGUCGUUUAGCCAGCAUGACUGGUUUGCGACGACUGAAGAUUGUACUACUAGAAAAAGGACAUUUAAACUCGGUGCUUUCCAGCAUAGAGAGAUUGCACUGCCUUGAAUCCUUGUCGCUGGAAUUCCUGGUUAACCAAGUAUUUCCAACACCCAUAAGCCUUUCUCAUUUUGAGCAUCUCCACAAGCUCCAUUUGGAUGGGGUGAUCAAGAGGCUACCUGAGCCACAUGAAUUCCCACCGAACCUCAUCAAAUUUAGUCUGUUAAAUUCCGAUCUCGAGGAAGAUUCAAUAGUUAAACUUCAGUGGUUGCCAAACCUAAAGAUGCUUCUCUUGGGAUACAAUUCAUACAAGUGGACAAAACUGGUUUGCUACUCGCAAGGGUUUCCUCAGUUGCACAUUCUACAUUUACUAUCUUUAGAGUAUUUGGAGGAAUUGAUAGUGGAAGAAGGGGCAAUGAUGAAGCUCAAGAAUCUUAAGAUAAGCCGCUGUCCAAGUUUGGGAAAGAUUCCAGAACGAUUUAAGUUAUUGACUACAUACUCUUGAAGGAAGGGGAAGGGGAUAUAUAUUGGUUGUAUUUUGUGGAGUUACUCAUGUCCUGACCCUGAGGAUGUUUUGUUCACUGCUGGCCUUGAUGUUUAUUUGCAUGCAUUGGAGUGAAGAGUUUGGGCUGCGAGCUUCUUCACUGGUCUGUCUAUUUCCUCCAGUUCUACUAGCCAUUUGGGUUCUUGUUGCCUUUUAUCUUGCAGGUUGUUUGUUUGGCUUUUCCUAAUCAAAGUUUGUUGUUCGUCGAGUGUUAAUUUCUGAAAGAAAUUCUGUAUGCAAGUUUUACUUUUUAAUUCCCUAAUUGCGUUGAGGUGGGCUUGCUUUGUUU